CCUCUUCCGCCGCCGCUUCCAUCCCUACCCCUCAUCGGCCCUUCUGUUUUGCGUCUCAGCGCAGCCUCGACCCGAUGCCUGCGCCCUCCAGCCUCGACCCGGUGCAGCAACGCAUCGAGGAAGCUCGGAAUCCGGUCGCGCGGCAAAUUCUCAGGGAUGCGACCGACUUUAUCGCCGCCGCUCGCAAGGCGCAGCCCAACGCCGGCGAGGUGCUUCUGCCACCACCCGAGCGGCCACAGUCGAGCGACGCCGCGCCUCCGCCUCCGCCGUUUGUGCCGGCGACAGCCUUUGAAGGCCGCCGCGAUGAUUACGUCUUCAAGAGCGGCGGCGACGGCCUCGGAUACUAUCGAGACACGGCGGCGGCGAUGCGACGGGCGGCGCCCAAGGCUGCGCCGCUGACGGGGCCUCUGAGCAGCGGCCCGAUGAGUGGGCCGCUGCACACGCGGUGGACCUUCGAGCAGACGCCGGCGGAGGCCAUGCUGCUGCUACGAGGGCUGCCGCCGGAGACAAGGCCGAAGGACGUGCGGCUCAACGCAACGUCGAAGGCCGUCUCGCUCAGCGUGGGCGGCGAGGCGGUGCUGACGAACGCGAAGCUGCAUCUGCCGUGUGAUCCGGACGAGAGCGACUUCACGCUGCACGACGUCGGAGAUACCCGCACCCUCGCCGUGUCGCUCGCCAAGCUGCGCCUGCCAGGAGCGCCGCCGUCCUGGCCGGCACUGCUUGAGACCGCGGAGAUGCUCUAGUCUUGGUCCUCGCACGAUUUCUUUAUCAAAA